UGCUCGAGAUCUGUACUUCGUAACUGUUACUGCCUCAGCGGACGCCAGCGCCCGUUGUCCUCAGAUUGUUAUUCUCUCGACAUCCAUUCCCUCGGAAGCUGCGCCCAGUCUUCCUGCACCUCCCUCUUCAAAGCCACCGCAUCUUCGUCCACGCGCGCACCUGCAUCUAUCAGCGUGGAUUCUGGAGGGCAUCGAUCCAUAUAGCUCCAGCCAUCCUAUUCCCUCAACCCGCGUCACUUACAUGACGGCAUUGGAUCUGGGCGGAUCGGUUCCUCAAAGGAUCAGUGGCAUGCUUCAGACGACUUUUCCGAAAAUGAUUACCCAAGUCGAAAACUAUUUGCAGCUCCAGGCAGCGCCACCAAUUGUGAGGAUUCCGGAGCAAACGAUUGUUGGGCAGCCCAUAGGUAAGACCUUAUCAUCCGUUGAUUUCCUAUGGAUACCGUCUAUACAGCUUGUGCUUUGUUCUGCGUGGCAUCUGACCGUUUUCCCCUUGAUUUCAGACGUAGAUGCCCUCUCAAUCGAUGACAACAGGCAGGAAAAGCCACUCGUUUUACCAUCGAUCAUACCGUGGAAUCAGCCUACCAACAGGAUCCUCACACGAGAAUUUAGGCUGAAGGACUCGUACUUUGAGAUCUUGGUUCUAUUCGAUCAGUUUCGACUUUAUCCAUCUCGACUGGAUUUGGCAACCGAGAGACGUAGCAGAAAAGCCAAAAAACCUCAUGAAAAGUUGAGAAGCGAUAGGGGACGGGUGAUGGAUGUGGAUCAGGGCGGACAGGAGACGGCGGAGAUGACGACUCUUGAUGCUACUGAGGAGAAGACAAAGAACCGGACGGUCUUGGAGCUGGUGGUGGAUUUGAAGCAGUAUCCAGUAGGCUACAAUAUCAUAACCAGCAUCAAAGUUGACCCCGAAUUCUUGCUUCAGCACAAGCAACAGCGCGACAUGGGAUUGAAGCAGCAGCAACAGAUGGCAAACCUGACACCAAAUCUCAAACUUGCAGGAUCGACAUCUGCAGCCUCGCUGACAACCGGUGUUGCCUCAGCCGGCAGUAGAUUUAUUGGAGGAUUUGACGAAGGCGGAUCUGCGAUCGAUAAUAACAAUCAAGUCUCUUAUGAUGGGGAUAUUGGCUACUCUGGGUGGUCAAAAACACCAACUUCUGAGGCUGCGAGUAGCGGAACUGGAAUCGCAGCGGUACUUGGAAGUUCAGCCAAUGUUCCGCGUGCUUUACCGUCAUCGACCUCAUUGAUCAGGAUCCUGCCGCCGCCUAUUACGGUCAAUGUAAUUGACAUACCGCCUGCUCCCUCACACUCGUCCUCACUUUCGGGAAUUUCGAGGAGAAGGAAGCAUUUGAUUAUCAUCACCGUCCCAGAAGCCGAAGUGAGCGUAACACAUGCUAACGCUCAGUAUCAAGCAGCAGCAGCAGCAGCAUCUUUGGCAUCAAAGGGAUUCGCACCGCACAUUAUAUCUGGAACGACUGCUAAACCGGUUGUAACUACGGGUUCUGUCAGCGGCACCACAUCCACAAUGUUUUCCGCAGAGGAUCGUGUUGACUCAAAGCAAAGUCGUCAUCAGGCGUCCUCGAACUCUUCUCACGACGCCGAUUCAGCUAUUGAGGCUAUCAGGCCAGCGCUCUCUCCUAAUAACACACCAGUCCCACCAGAGGCUGCCAAGCCAACUCAUCAGUCGGCACAGGCGGGGCAGGAUCUUGAGACGCGGAUGUUCCAGUUUGGCGUCAAGAUCGACCGACUAGAACACAAGAGCCUAGAUCACUCUGCUCUUCAAGUUACCAAGGACAGCCUUGACACGGCAGCUGACGAGAAAGAAUGGGAUGGAAAGGUCAUGGUGGAUGGUAUACCCGCUAAGGUUAUCACAGGAUGGUCCAGGCAGGAACUUGGCUUCUUGGACGGCAUGAUGGAGGAUGAUGGCGAAACUUCAGGGCAGCAACGAGAACGUGGACAGUCAUUUGCGAAAGAGAGCUCGCAGCGCAAUGACGCGUAUUCUGACAGGCGUAGAGAAGCUCCGAGCUCCGAGGAAGAAGACGACGAGCCUCAGUCUGGAAACCAAGAAGACGGCGAAGGACUUGGUCCAAAGACUACCACUCGUCGAAAGAAGCACCGACGACAGCAAUUGGCCAACGUGAAUGAGAAUCAGGAGUCAGGGCUGGCCAAUGUCUCCCACCGCAGUUCAACCGGAAUCACUUCUGACGAAGGCACGAAUAGGACAGACACGACAGGAUCAAACACGCGCCCAACGAGCUCCAUGUAUGGCUUGUCCAACUUUUUGAUGAGUGUUGGGUUGUUGGGGGAUAGCUCCACUAGGGGAUCCAAGGCGGAUCAUGACCCAACAACCGGGGCACCAAGUGACGAUUAUAGUCAUUCAAGUGUCGAGUAUGAUGACUUGGAUGACGACCGUACAAUUCGUGCGAGCAAGAGUGUUAUCAGAAGUAGGCUCAGUGGGAUCCUGAGUAAUAACGAAGGCAAGAGCAGGCGCGGUGGCGGCGAAAGGGAGCGGAGAGAUGACGAUCACGACCUCGAUCUGGAGAGUUUGCAUGGCUCCAUUGUCUUUGAAGAUUAUGGAGAAUACUCGGAUGAUGGAUAUAACAACAACGGCGGUCCGCACGGGAGCGUGCAUCAUGGAGAGGGAAAGGACAAGGAAAUUUCUGACUGGGCGAGACACAGCAGCUCGGUCCGAAGAAGGAAAGGCAAAGAGGUCGUGUCAAGCGACCAUCAUCGUGAACAUGAGCAAUCUUCCUUGAAUAUGUUGCGCGAAGGGGAUCGUGGGCGUGACCACAGCUUAGAGCUAGAUUCGGAAACAACCUCUUCGAAUGUGAACCGCCACCAUUAUCGCCGACGCGGCAGCCGAUCCUCGAUGCAUCAGAACGGACGAAGUGGGCAGACGGUUGUGCGACGACAUGGCUCAACAAACGGGGCUGAUCACCCACGAUUCCGCGGCAGUAAGCUGUAUUCAUAUAGCUUCAGGAACCUGUUCUGGUCUGCUGUUGCAUGUUUCCUGGUCGGAUUGCUGCUGAGAAUCUAUGUGAUCGGACCAUCGUUCCUUAAGGCCGUCUCGUCCACGUCGGGCUCCAGUGCUAGCUCGGCGACUUAUUACUACUACUACCAUGCGCCCAAGCAGUCAGCGGUAUCAUCAUCGUCCUCAAGAACGCUGUUGCCAACAGACGGUGCAGGGAGUCGAGGUAACCAGCAUGCCCGUGCUCGGGAGGAUGUAAUGGAUAAUACUGUUUGGCCGCAUGGGAUCCGGGAAGUCUUUACGGUCCGCCGUCUCCUGGGCUGGGAUUUUGUUCUUUUGGCUUAUCCGACCCAGGAUGAACAGCGGUAGUCAGCAUAGUCUCCACGGUAAAGUCAGCUAAUGGCACUGUAGUACUAUGGCUUUGUGGAAGUGAAGUCUUGCUUCCUUUACAAAUUUUCAGUCUU